AUGCGGGAGCAGCCCCGGCCGCGGCCUCCGCCCUCGGGCCUCGCCGGUCUCCUGUUCCUGGCGUUGUGCAGUCGGGCCCUCGGCAAUGAGAUUCUGGGCUUGAAGCUGCCGGGCGGCGGCGAGCCGCCGCUGACCGCCAACACAGUCUGCUUGACGCUGUCGGGCCUGAGCAAGCGGCAGCUGGGCCUGUGCCUGCGCAGCCCCGACGUGACGGCGUCUGCGCUCCAGGGCCUGCACAUCGCGGUCCACGAGUGUCAGCACCAGCUGCGCGAUCAGCGCUGGAACUGCUCGGCGCUCGAGGGCGGCGGCCGCCUGCCGCACCACAGCGCCAUCCUCAAGCGCGGUUUCCGAGAGAGCGCUUUUUCCUUCUCCAUGCUGGCUGCUGGGGUCAUGCAUGCAGUAGCCACCGCCUGCAGCCUGGGCAAGCUGGUGAGCUGCGGCUGUGGCUGGAAGGGCAGUGGUGAGCAGGAUCGACUGAGGGCGAAACUGCUGCAGCUGCAGGCACUAUCGCGGGGCAAAAGCUUUCCCCACUCCCUGCCCAGCACGGGCCCUGGCUCUGGUCCCAGCCCUGGUCCCCAGGACACGUGGGAAUGGGGCGGCUGUAACCAUGACAUGGACUUCGGGGAGAAGUUCUCUCGGGAUUUUUUGGAUUCCAGGGAAGCUCCCCGGGACAUCCAGGCACGAAUGCGGAUCCACAACAACAGGGUGGGGCGUCAGGUGGUAACUGAAAACUUGAAGCGGAAAUGCAAGUGCCAUGGCACAUCAGGCAGCUGCCAGUUCAAGACGUGCUGGAGGGCAGCCCCAGAGUUCCGGGCAGUGGGAACAGCCUUGCGGGAGCGGCUGGGCCGGGCCAUCUUCAUUGAUGCUCACAACCGCAACUCCGGAGCCUUCCAACCCCGCCUUCGGCCCCGUCGCCUCUCAGGAGAGCUGGUCUACUUCGAGAAGUCUCCUGACUUCUGCGAGCGAGACCCCGCUGUGGGCUCCCCAGGCACGCGGGGCCGGGCCUGCAACAAGACCAGCCGCCUGCUGGAUGGCUGUGGCAGCCUGUGCUGUGGCCGCGGGCACAACGUGCUCCGGCAGACCCGAGUCGAGCGCUGUCAUUGCCGCUUCCACUGGUGCUGCUACGUGCUGUGUGAAGAGUGCAAGGUCACAGAGUGGGUCAAUGUGUGUAAGUGA